UGCUGAAAACAGGAAGCAGAACUAACGCAUGCUGUAGCUUGCCAUCUGAAGCAAGAUCUUGACAGUCUGAGAGUAGCUCAUAGCCAAACCUGUUUCAGCAAGGCAGUGUCACCCAGAAGACAGGAAGACAGGAAAAGAUCCUUUGAGAAUGUCAAGCUCCCUGGUUGUGUGUGAAACGGAUGAAAGUCUGAAAGCUAAACUGAAAAAGUUUAGAUUUCGAAAAGAGACCAACAAUGCUGCCAUACUGAUGAAAAUAGACAUGGAGAAACAUCUGAUUAUCCUGGAGGCGGAAUACGAGGACAUCUCACUGGAUGAACUGAGAGAAGAACUUCCAGAGAGACAACCCAGGUUCAUUGUCUACAGUUACAAAUAUGCCCAUGCUGAUGGGAGGGUGUCUUACCCUCUGUGUUUCAUAUUCUCCAGUCCAAUGGGAUGUAAGCCGGAGCAAAUGAUGAUGUAUGCAGGCAGCAAGACUAAACUGGUCCAAGACGCAGAGCUUACAAAGGUCUUUGAAACAAGAAACGCUGAUGAUUUGACAGAAGAAUGGCUGAAGGGCCAGCUGGGACUUUUUCACUGAAUGUGUAUCAUGAAUACUGUCACUCUUUUUCUUUGUAAUACACGCUGUUUGAUUUGAAUUUUCAGUUUUGCUUUCUACUGCUAUUAAAUGAUUUACUGUAUGAAA